GGGGUGCUGCGUCAGUGCCGCGCGCGUGCUCGCCGUGGGCGCGCGCCCCGCCAGCCCUGGGGCCCCCGCGGGGUUGCAGGGAUGACCGAAGGGGCGGAGGCGGCGGCCGCGCGUUGAGCCGAACCUGCCGAAGCCCUAGCCAUGGGGCCGCGCGCGCUCUCGCCCCUUGCCUCUCUGCGACUAAGGUGGCUGCUGGCGUGUGGCUUGCUGGGCCCAGUCCUCGAGGCCGGGCGUCCAGACUCUGAACAGACCAUCCAUCUUUCUUCUUAUGAAAUUGUAACUCCUUGGAGAUUAAGUAGAGAAAGAAGGGAAGCUCUGAGGCCCAGUUCAAAACAGAUCUCUUAUGUCAUCCAGGCCCAAGGAAAACAGCAUAUUAUUCACUUGGAAAGAAACACAGACCUUUUACCUAACGACUUUGUAGUUUAUACCUACGACGAGGAGGGCUUCCUACUCUCUGACCAUCCCAACGUACAGAGUCAUUGCCAUUACCGAGGCUACGUGGAGGGAGUGCCCAAUUCCGCCGUUGCUGUGAGUGCCUGCUUUGGACUCAGAGGCUUGCUGCAUUUGGAGAAUGCCAGUUUUGGAAUCGAACCUCUGCACAACAGCUCACACUUUGAGCACGUAUUUUACCCAAUGGAUGAUGUCCACCAGGAGCCUCUGAGAUGUGGCGUCUCUAACAGGGACACGGAGCAGGAAGCCACCCAGGGGGAAGAGGAAGAGCACCCGAACGUGACUCAGCUGCUGCGCAGAAGAAGAGCUGUUCUCCCGCAGACCCGCUACGUGGAGCUGUUCAUUGUUGUAGACAAGGAAAGGUACGACAUGAUGGGAAGGAACCAGACUGCUGUGAGAGAAGAGAUGAUUCGCUUAGCAAACUACCUGGAUAGCAUGUAUAUCAUGUUAAACAUUCGAAUUGUGCUAGUUGGACUAGAAAUUUGGACAGAUAGAAAUCCUAUCAAUAUAAUUGGAGGAGCUGGAGAUGUAUUGGGCAACUUUGUACAGUGGCGGGAAAAGUUUCUUAUAACACGUCGGAGACAUGACAGUGCACAGUUGGUUUUGAAGAAAGGCUUUGGUGGAACUGCAGGAAUGGCAUUUGUAGGAACAGUAUGUUCAAGGAGCCACGCAGGUGGGAUUAAUGUGUUUGGGCAAAUCACCGUGGAGACAUUUGCGUCCAUUGUUGCUCAUGAACUGGGACAUAACCUUGGGAUGAAUCAUGAUGAUGGGAGAGAGUGUUUCUGUGCAGCAAAGAGCUGUAUCAUGAAUUCAGGAGCAUCAGGGUCCAGGAACUUCAGCAGUUGCAGUGCAGAGGACUUUGAGAAAUUAACUUUGAACAAGGGAGGAAGCUGCCUGCUCAACAUCCCGAAGCCUGACGAGGCCUACAGCGCGCCCUCCUGUGGUAACAAGCUGGUGGACCCCGGGGAGGAGUGUGACUGUGGCACACCAAAGGAAUGUGAGUUGGAUCCAUGCUGUGAAGGAAGCACUUGUAAGCUCAAGUCAUUUGCUGAGUGUGCAUAUGGCGACUGUUGUAAAGAUUGCCAGUUCCUUCCAGGAGGCUCUAUGUGCAGAGGGAAGACCAGUGAGUGUGAUGUCCCUGAGUACUGCAAUGGCUCCUCUCAGUUCUGCCCACCCGAUGUCUUCAUUCAGAACGGCUAUCCUUGUCAGAAUAGCAAAGCCUACUGUUACAAUGGCAUGUGCCAGUAUUAUGACGCUCAGUGUCAGGUCAUCUUUGGUUCAAAAGCUAAGGCUGCCCCAAGAGAUUGCUUCAUUGAAGUGAAUUCUAAAGGUGACAGAUUUGGCAACUGUGGUGUCUCCGGCAGUGAUUACAAAAAGUGUGCCACAGGGCACGCGUUGUGUGGAAAGCUUCAGUGUGAGAAUGUGCAGGAGAUGCCGGUGUUCGGAAUCGUGCCAGCUAUCAUUCAGACACCCAGCCGAGGCACCAAAUGUUGGGGUGUGGAUUUCCAGCUUGGUUCCGAUGUCCCAGACCCAGGGAUGGUGAAUGAAGGCACAAAAUGUGAUGCUGGGAAGAUUUGUAGGAAUUUUCAGUGUGUAAAUGCUUCUGUCCUGAAUUAUGACUGUGACAUUCAGGGAAAAUGUCACAGCCAUGGGGUGUGUAACAGCAAUAAGAAUUGUCACUGUGAAGAUGGCUGGGCUCCCCCACACUGUGACACCAAAGGAUAUGGAGGGAGUGUGGACAGUGGGCCGACGUACAACGCAAAGAGCACGGCCCUGAGGGAUGGGCUUCUGGUCUUCUUCUUCCUAAUCAUCCCCCUGGUUGCGGCUGCCUUUUUCCUCUUCAUCAAGAGAGAUGAACUGAGGAAAACCUUCAGGAAGAAGAGAUCACAAAUGUCAGAUGGCAGAAAUCAAGCAAAUGCCUCUAGACUGCCAGGGGACCCCAGUGUCUCUAGACCACCAGGGGGCCCGAAUGUCUCCAGACCACCAGGGGGCCCGAGUGUCUCCAGACCACCAGGGGGCCCGAAUGUCUCCAGACCACCAGUGAGUCCUCAUCAUGUUUCUCCACCACCUGUGCAUGGAAACAGAUUCCCAGUACCAACCUACGCCGUCAAGCAGCCGCCACAGUUUCCAUCAAGGCCACCUCCACCACAACCGAAAAUAUCUUCUCAGGGAAACUUGAUUCCGGCCCGGCCAGCUCCUGCACCUCCUUUAUAUAGCUCCCUCACCUGACAGCAGAGUCUUAUUUUUCAAAAGUCUUCAGGGAACUGAGCAAAUGUGUUUUUUUUUUUUUUUCCUGAUGUUUUCUUGAAAAGCCUUUCUCUUCCAGCCAUGAAUGAACACAAACCACCACAAAACAAGCUUUAUUAGCACAGAAGCCCAGUGGGGUUGGAGAAAUACAGGAACGCUGCAGGCACUCCGGGGAGUUAAAAUGAAUGUUCCCAUCAUUUAAAUGUUUUCUUUGGCCAUUUGUGAAUUUAAUGCACUUGAUGUGGAUUAAGUUAUUUUGAACACGUUACUAUAAUGAUUCUCAAAUUAACUGCAUUAGUGUAAGACUUGUCAUCAUGCGCUUAAAUGUGAUCCUGACCUUUUGACCCCAGUUACCAUUUGAACGUGUAUUAACUUAGGAAGACUAAUUGCCAAUAACAUUUGCAUUUUCACCUUG